CAGAAGAGUGACACGCCAUUCAAUUGCUGCCUGGCCCUUUGCUUGUAGCAAGCCGGAGGGAAGCUGUGAGCGUUUGUCGCACAGAGGGAUAAUAAUAAAAUCUAAGAAAAACUGACUGCACCUGCGCGUCGAACAGGUAAAGUUGGGUCGAAUCAUAUCGACAUGGGGAUCCGGAAAAAGACCAACAAAAACCCGCCGGUGCUGAGCCAUGAGUUUGUCAUCCAGAACCAUGCAGAUAUUGUUUCCUGUGUUGCUAUGGUGUUCCUCCUCGGGCUCAUUUUUGAGGUCACCUCCAAGUUUGCAGUGUUAUUCAUAACAGUCCAGUACAAUGUCACCAUAUCAACAAACGAGGGCCCAGAGGAGACGGCUGUGAACCACUUCCACCACGGCAUCAAAGACCUCGCCACCAUCUUCUUCUACAUGUUGGUCGCCAUCAUCAUGCACGCCAUCAUCCAGGAGUAUGUGCUUGAUAAAAUCAACAGGAAGAAGCACUUCUCCAAAACGAAGCACAGCAAGUUCAACGAGUCAGGGCAGCUCAGCGCUUUCUACUUGUUCUCCUUUGGCUGGGGCGCUAGCAUCCUUCUUUCAGAAAACUUCCUGUCCAAUCCCGUCACCUUAUGGGAGGAUUAUCCUCAUACACUGAUGCCAUUCCAGAUGAAAUUCUACUACAUUUGUCAGCUGAGCUACUGGUUGCACUCUCUCCCUGAGCUGUAUUUCCAAAAGACAAAGAAGGAGGAUAUUCCUCGCCAGCUUGUGUACAUUUUCCUCUACCUGGUCCACAUCGCCGGCGCCUACAUUCUGAAUCUGAACCGCCUGGGUCUGGUCCUGCUCGUGUUGCACUACUUUAUCGAGCUGCUGUUCCACGUUUCCCGCCUCAUCUACUUCAGCAAUGAGAACAGACAGACGGGUUUCACCAUAUGGGCUGUAUUGUUUGUCCUUGGACGGCUGCUCACUCUGUCCCUGUCUGUCCUAACCGUGGGCUUUGGCCUCGCCAACGCUGAGAAUCAAGGCUUUGACUGGGCGGCAGGAAACUUCAACGUUAUUUUCAUUCGGAUAACUGUCCUGGCAGCCAUCUGCCUCACUCAGGCUUUCAUGAUGUGGAAAUUUAUCAACUUCCAGCUGCGUCGAUGGAGAGAGCACGCCCAGGCUCAGAGCUUGAAAAAGAAACAGCUUCCUUCCAAGAGCAAAUCAAAGAAAGACAAAGCCAAUGGAGUAAAUGGAGUAAACUCUCACGGAGCUGAUUCACCGAGAGCAAGAAAAGAGAAGUCAUCAUAAACACAUUCAUCCCCUUCAAAGAUCCAACGCCCCCACCAGCUCCCGUGGCUACGUCCACCUGUUAGCUCCUCCUCCUUCUCCUCCACCAACACGAUUUGCAUUUCAAGCUCCCCACACAGAACUGACUGACCUCUUCCCAGCUGGACUCCAAGGCCCAGAAUGCAUUUAGCUUUACUUGCCGCUACUCGUCCAGCACGCCUUGAUUUAAGAAUCAUUGCUCUGCUGUGCCAUUUUUCAGACUAAUUCAGAAAUAAACUUUGAAAAAAAAAUAAGACCUUAUUUAAGAAGUGCCUAUUGAUACGGAUUGUUUUGUACAGGGUGUGUAAUUUUAAGAAUUCAGGAAUGACGAUGUCAGUGUUUCAUAUUUCUCCUAAGUCAGGUCAUUCAUGCUCUUACUAAAUAAUAUGGAUCUUUUAUUUCCCCCUUGUAUUCUGCCUGCUUUCCUUUUCUUUGCAGUUAAUUCCUUUUGAGUGAUUUUCAAAUAGGUUCAUAAAUUUCCUUACAGCUCUUACUUUCCCAUGAGUGAAAGAGUUUUGCUAUAAUCUUCACCUUUAUGACAGCUGGUUUGAACCCCCAGACUGUUAAAAAAAACAUCCAUCCAUAAACGGAUUGAGCAGAGAAAAAGAAGAAGACCUUGCACUGUAAUGAUGUAAGUAGAUUGACAGUUUAGCACUCUAACCUGCUCUGUAGCGCGAUGUAGCAUUUCAUUAUUGGGAAGCAGUGCAGCUUUUGUGACUACAAAACAUUUUAAUCUACUCCAGUUCUGCCAAUGACACGUCAAUGUUAAGAGAAAAUGACUAAACUUCCCUCUUGUUUUGUUCGUUUGAUUUGCUGUCUUGUGUGAUCCCUCAUCCUUUUCAGUAGAAUUGGUUGUAUUUUUAUCAUUACAUAUUACAGCUGGCAUUAAAAAUGUCCACAACAACAUUUUGAUGUAAAAGCACAGACUGAUAAUAGAAGAAAAACAAAUAUUUUUGUUGCACCACCCCCCCUGGACUGUGCCAAAUGAACCUGAUUGACUGUUGAUGUCUGCCUUUUACUUACAUGCCAUAAAACGAAUUUACAAAGCUA